CUGUACAUGUAAACAAGUGUGAAGGAUAGGAUGGCCGCCAUGCUUGAGAAAUUCGUACUUGUCAUAUAUGUGACCGGUACUUUCGGACAUAUGAUAACAAACCAGCCUGACGCCGGGAACCCAUCCCUAAAGUCGCAUGGCUUUGAUCCUGAUAACCCGCCUCUAACUCAGAGGCACCUGGACCCCGAUAUUCCACUUCAACAAUGGCAGGACCUUGUAACCUUUGUAAACGAGAACAUUAAGGGUAUGAAACAACUAUUGACAAAAAAGGACGAGCAAAUAGAUCUACUAAUAUUAAACAUAGCCGGUCAGACGACUGAAAUCCAGCAGCUUAAACAGGGGGUGACGUCAGUUGAGAAAGAAUUAUCACAGAACGAUGAAAUUGUCGACACACUAUUGGCAAGAAUAUCAGACUUAGAGAGAAUCGUAAUAUCUGAUACCACCCCAAGUGAACGUGAAUCGAGGCAAAAUAUUAGAUCUCAACUUCCUAGAACUUACCACAAAAAUAGACUUGGAUUAGGUAAAUCCUUUGACUCUAAAUCUGGAUCUUCUGUUAAGAAAAUGUCUGCCGCACAACUCCCCAUUCCGGAAUCCACUAACCAUCAAAAUGUUAGUAUCAUGCCGACUCACUCUAAACCUCGCAUCGAAAAUGACAAUGAACGUGUCCUGAAUCAAUCCGACGAGGAAGAAACUGUUGCACAAAACGAGAACGAGUCGACAUCAAAGAUAUCGAGAUUCCAACACAAAGGAUCUACGACGCCUUCUGCUCGGCAAACCAUUGCGUUCCACGUGGUCCUCUCCAAGGACAAUUUUGUUUCUAAUGAUGACGUAGUAGUGUAUGAUAACGAGACGCUGGACAUUGGAUACGGAUACAACCCGAGGAACGGGGUGUACGUAGUACCGGAGGCAGGCACCUACGUCUUCACGUGGACGUCUAUCUGCUACGGACAAGAAGAAUUGCAAACAGUUCUGGUGGUUAAUUCAGCCGUGCGAGGAUCAUCAUGGACAGAUUCUGAGUUGUCAAAAGACAUCCAUCAAACUACAGCUGUUGUCGUCCUCACACUAAACCAGAGAGAUCAUGUCUUCAUCCGUAUGGGGCCUCUCUAUGGGCACGGGGUGUUGCUGAGUCGAACCGACGUGGCAGUGUCUACCUUCUCAGGAUGGAAACUUGAUUGAGCAAUCAAGUUAUUUUUAAAAGAAAAAGGAAUAAUUCAAUACAUUUUUA